UUGGGAAUAUUUAUCACGUGUGUAUGCACUGUGUAUGCAUUCAUGUGUUUGCCACACUUUUAUUAUUUUUCAGAUUGUCAUUCAGUUUGUGGGCAUAUGCGUGUGUACAGUUUCUCUACAGUUAAUCAAUUUAUCAGCAGUAUACAAUAGCGCAGAUGGCCGGUGUGCAGUUUUUAGUUGUGGGGGUCGCAUUUGGCGGUAUACUUUUCGCAGUACCAACAACUGGCGACUCAACGACAGCUUCCGCUGACGCCGACAACGUGACGCGGGUCAAUAUAAAAGACGGCGAAAGGUACAUCGCGGAAUGCUUCCCUCCCAAGGCGCAAGAGGCCCGCCAGCGCCGAUCCAGCGAGCCAUUCACAAAUCAACCAAUUAUGAAAUACGGCAUCAUUUUCCUUGAAGCAAAAUUCAUCGGAACCGGCAACGCCACUUGUCGCGAAUCGUCCGUGAAGAACUAUCUGCGCACCAAACUAUGUGUUGGUGAGAAGCAGCAAGGGUGUGCCAUAAGAGCAUCGGAUCCUGUCAAAGAGUGUGGCAAACGACCUCUGUCGCUCGUGUACAAAUGCGGCAUGACAGAAUAUAUCAAAGGAAAGCACCAGAGAACUUUGAUUAUUGGUGGCGACAUAAUGCUGGACUAGCGUGGUAGAUGCUUUAGUAAUGGAUGUGAACGGGACUUCAGUUCUCCUACCACAAUCGAUGAACAUUUACGUGAUACUGCAAGAAGUACUCUGAUGGCAAGAGCUCUAAUAAUUUCGUUUCGCGAUUACUGAAUCGUCGCCCGAUAAGUUGAAGCGUUAUAAUUAUGGUUAAAAAGUGCCAUCCAUUAUCCAUAUACGUAGUAUAUUAAAUGUAUGUAUGGCCGUCUUCGUCGGGAUCGAGAUAUAGAUGAAUCUGUCACCAACCGACUGCAUAACAUUAAUUAUUCGUUUUACGAACGUACAUUUACGAAUGUCAGUAAUUCAGUUCUGUUUAUUUGUACUUAUUACGUAAUUAUAUUUUACUACAAAUUUGUACUCUGCGGCGUCGUUAGCGCGCACUUGUCCUGAAAACAACCCAAAAAAUUGCGAUAUACAAGUGUGCGAUUUAUUAUUAUGCACCUGCCUUUCAGCUUAAAUAAGUAUUGUUUGCCAAUAUGUGUUUGUAUUUCUGUUCCUAUCAGU